AUGAUCCGUGGACAGACAUUAGGCGCUAUUUUGAUAAUCUCGGCGAUAGCUAUCAUUGCAUCUGCGCUUGCUACCAUUUUUUUGACUCCUUACUUGAUAAACAUAAGAGCAGGUCCAGUCAUUUUUGACCCAACAUGGUCGGCAGUCUUGGCCGUUGUUCUUGCUGCAGUUCUUUUCAAAGUUAAGGAUUCGGACUCCCCUACUCAGACCGAGGCCUCGGCUUUACUUUCCCUUGGUGUUGUUGGAGUCGUUUUAUCUCCAGCUAAUAUUACCAGGCUAUUUCUUAUUUUAUUUGGUAGAGAAUACAAUCAACCUCGAUGGUAUAUGCCGAUAACAUUCGAAAUAGCUGGUACUGCUGUUUUUGGCAUUGUUUCUCUUAUAGUUGCGAUCCAACAGGGUAAAAGAAUACAAAAUAGAGGAAGUAUCUCGCAGUCUUAUGCAGUCUCUGGUUCAACAGAUUCACACUCUCUGUUAUCAUGA